AACAGGUUUGGUUUUUUCUUUGUUUUUUUCUUAAUCAUUCUUAUCCCAUUAAAAUAGGUAUAGCAUAUUUUUAUUUAUUUUUUCAUGGAUCUUCCACAACAGAUUUUGGAUGUAAAUGCAUGAUGUCUUACAUUUUAUCUUUGUGUAAUGGAAUGGUGUUUCUUGUUUUUUAAAAGAAAAACUUGGCUAUUCAUUUAAGCAACUGUAUAAUUUCCUGGAAAAUUCAUUGUUAGAUCAAUCACAGAUAUUAUGAAAAAAUAAAUAAGCAGUUCACUGUUCUUUAUUUACCUUCCACACUCUUGUCUCUUACUUUAGGGGAAACCAAUGAAUAUUCAAUGGGGAAUUGUAGUGAAACAUCAACUGAUUUCAUUUUAUUAGGAGUGUUCCCACCAUCAAGAAUUGGCCUUUUCCUCCUCAUUCUCAUCAUUCUCAUUUUCUUAAUGGCUUUAAUUGGUAACAUAUCCAUGAUUAUCCUCAUCCUACUGGACACCCAUCUCCACACACCCAUGUAUUUCCUGCUUAGUCAGCUCUCUCUCAUGGACCUGAAUUACAUGUCCACUAUUGUCCCCAAGAUGGCUUACAAUUUCCUGUUUGGAAACAAGUCAAUCUCCUUCAUUGGAUGUGGAGUUCAGAGUUUCUUCUUUUUGACUUUGGCAGGUGCAGAGGCACUUCUCUUGGCAUCUAUGGCUUAUGACCGUUAUGUGGCCAUUUGCUUUCCUCUUCACUAUCCCGUUCGUAUGACCAAAAGUGUGUGUGUGUUAAUGACUACAGGAUCUUGGAUAAUGAGCUCUAUCAAUGCAUGUGCCCACACUGCAUAUGCACUCCAUAUGCCCUAUUGCCAGUCCAGGACCAUCGAUCAUUUCUUCUGUGAUGUCACAGCCAUAUUGGCUCUGGCAUGCACGGAUGCCUGGGUCUAUGAUUACAUAGUGUUUGUGUGCAGUACCUUAUUCCUUGUGUUUCCUUUCAUUGGCAUUACCUAUUCUUAUGGCCGGGUUCUCCUUGCCAUCUACUGCAUGCCCUCAUCAGAAGGGAGGAAGAAGGCCUAUUCAACCUGCAGUACCCACCUCACUGUGGUGACUUUGUACUAUGCACCCUUUGUUUACAAUUAUCUACACCCCAGAUCCUUCCAAUCUCCAACAGUAGACAAGGUUCUGGCUGUUUUCUACACUGUCCUCACCCCCAUGUUCAACCCUGUCAUCUACAGCCUGAGGAACAAGGAGGUAAUGAGGGCCCUGAGAAAAGUUACUCAGAGAAUAUUCUCUGUGAAAAUGUAGACAAGGUUUCUGCAUCAAUCUUCAAGCUGCAAGUGUCUGCCUAUUCUGCAGUGAAUUGCCAUGAAGAAAAACAUUAUUCAAAGCAUGAGGACAAGGUCUAAGGUUAUAUUAGAAGAUUUUAAAAAUUAGAAGUUUGAC